AUGCCUUCCCUUAACCCCGGUGUUGCUCCUUUCAUCAUCAAUACAAACGCCGACAACAGCCACACAAACGGCAACAAUAACAGCAACGUGAAUGCCAACAGCAUUGGAAAUGGCAAUCUCAACAGCAACGGCAAUGGAAAUGGAAAUGGAAACGUCAACACCAACAACAAUGCUAACGCUAACAGCAAUGACUGCAAUGACUCUAGCACUGACAAUGGUUCUAGCACUGGCAACGACUCCAGCACUGGCAACGGCUCUGGCUCUAGCAGCCCAAGCAGCACCAGCACCAGCGCCAACGUCAACGCCAGUCCCAGUAAUAGUUCUAAUAACAGCCGCGGAGGCAGCAGCCACAACAGCCCGGCCAUUAGACCAAUCCGGUCUGACAGAAUGAACUGUGCUCCUACAGCUAGCAAUGCCCAGGGCCUGUACCCUCCUGCAGCUUGUGUCUUUGUUGGAAAUCUUUCGACCAGAGUCCCUCUUGAGCAGCAAGGAAAAGAAUUGGAGAAAAAGUUCUCUACAAUUGGCCCAUGCUAUGUUAAGACCAAUGUGGACAGGAAAAAGGAACUUCCCUCUGCUUUUGUCCAGUUCGAAAAAGUUGAACAUGCAGAGAUUGCCUUGACAUGGCAUAAUACCAUGCAGCUCCACGACCGCCUGCUGCGGGUUGAAGUGAGCAAAGCGAUAAGAGCCGGCAUCAUGGGCCAUCGCAAUGGAGAGCCCAUUACCUUGGAUCUUGUAGAAAAGGUUUUGAGAGGACGGGGAGCGCUCGACUAUUGCAUUUUAGAGCGCACUACAAGCGGCGCGGUUGUCAGCAAAGUCGUCUUCUCUUUUGUUGGCGAUUAUCAGGAUGCGAUUAGGCAUUUCCAAAAUGAUCACUUCAUUUAUCUCAAACCGGACCACGGAAUCAGGCCCAUUUCUUCUUCCUCUUCCUCUUCUUCUUCCUCUUAUUCUUCGUCUUCUUCUUCCUCUUGCUCUUCUUCUUCUUCUCCUCCUCCUCCUCCUCCCUUGCCACGAUACUCCCAGUCCCAGUCCCCCUACUACCCACCGGCGCCAGCACCCUUCCUUCAGACAUCCUAUCCUCAGAGAUCUGGAGCUUACUACCAGGGAUCUUACUCUCAGGCGCCUCUUCCUCCGUUCCCUUGUUUCCCCCAUUACAACAACUGGACUUAUCCUCAGGAGCCCUACCAUCCUCAGUCUUACGCUCAAUGGUCCUACAGCCAGGGAACCUACCCUUCAUACGCUCAGGGAACCUGGUACCCUCCUCAAAAUUGGUCCGAGCCAGGCUACCACGCCGUCAAAGCACCCCAAACAAAUACACACGUUCAGGCACUAAACCCUGGGAUGUUCUUUCCGCCAGAGCCUUGGUCUGCAGCGCAUUACACAGCGUCCGCUCCCCCGGCAUCCGGCUUCCAUUCCGCGCAAGCGCAGCCUGCCGCCUCUCAAUCUACCGGAAAUGCAAAUGGAAACGAAAUCACCCCGCCUUCUUCCCCUGGAAAUGGAGAGGAGAGGACUGAGGAACAGGAUAAUGAUAACACUGUCGCUGAGGAAAAGACUGGGGAAAAGGAGGAGAACAAGGAGAAGGAAGCGGGAAAUGAAAAGAAGGACGAAAAGAAUCGGCCACUCAUUGUGGGGGCAACGUCUCGCCUUAGGUUUUGA